CGCUUGGGAAUUGGGGGGGGGGGGGGGGGGGGCGGAGCGUCGCUUUACUUCACUUCCGGCGGCGGCCGAGGCGAUUUCCGGCGGGGCGGUCAUCAUGGCGCUGCGGGCGCGGGAAGCGGCGCGGGCCCUUUGCAGCCGCUGGGGAGCCCUGAGCGCGCUCCCCCCCCGUCGCGCGGCGGCCGAGGACAAACGGACGUUUGUUCGGGACAAACCGCACGUGAACGUGGGGACGAUCGGGCACGUGGACCACGGGAAAACCACGCUGACCGCCGCCAUCACCAAGUAUCUGUCGGCGUCGGGCGGCGCGCGGUUCCGCGCGUACGAGGAGAUCGACAGCGCCCCCGAGGAGCGGAAACGCGGCAUCACCAUCAACGCGGCGCACGUGGAGUACAGCACCCCCAACCGGCACUACGCCCACACCGACUGCCCCGGGCACGCCGACUACGUCAAGAACAUGAUCACGGGGGCGGCGCCGCUGGACGGGGUGAUCCUGGUGGUGGCCGCGACCGACGGGCAGAUGCCCCAAACCAGGGAGCACCUGCUGCUGGCCAGACAGGUGGGGGUCCGGCACGUGGUGGUGUACGUGAACAAGGCGGACGCCGUGGGGGACCCGGAGCUGCUGCCGCUGGUGGAGCUGGAGCUGCGGGAGCUGCUGGGCGAGUUCGGCUUCGACGCCGACGCCACCCCCGUCAUCGUGGGAUCCGCGCUCUGCGCCCUCCAGGAGCGUGACCCCCAGCUGGGGGCGGAGUCUGUGCGGAAGCUGCUGGACGCCAUCGACACCCACAUCCCCCUCCCCCCCCGCGACCUGGAGCGACCCUUCCUGCUGCCCGUGGAGGCCGUGCACUCCAUCCCAGGCCGCGGGACGGUGGUGACGGGGACGCUGGAGCGCGGGACGAUGGAGAAAGGGGACGAGUGCGAGAUCCUGGGAUACGGGCGCAGCCUGCGCAGCGUGCUCACCGGCAUCGAGACGUUCCACCGGGCGCUGCCGCAGGCCCAGGCCGGGGACAACGUGGGGGCGCUGCUGCGGGGGCUGAGACGGGAGGACGUGAGGAGGGGGAUGGUGCUGGGGGCCCCGGGGACCCUGCGGGCGCACGGACACGUCGAGGCACAGGUGUACGUGCUGAGCCCCCAGGAGGGCGGGCGCCACAAGCCGUUUGUGGCCAAUUACAGCCCCGUCAUGUUCUCGCAGACCUGGGACAUCGCCUGCAGGGUCCUGCUGCCCCCCGGCAAGGAGCUGGUGCUGCCGGGCGAGGACGCGCGGCUGCGGCUGUUGCUGCGGCAGCCGAUGGUGCUGGAGCCGGGUCAGCGCUUCACCCUGCGCGACGGGUCCCGAACCAUCGGAACCGGGGUCGUCACCCAGACCCUGGAGAGCGGCCCCGAGGAACAGGCGGCCGAGUGGGGGGGGUGACGGGGGACGGGGCGGGAGCAACGGGUGACAACAGCGCGACAGUGGGGGGAGGGUGGGGUCACAAUGGGUGACAAUGGGUGACAACAGGGCGACAAUUGGGGCCACAAUGGGGUGACAAUGGAUAACAGGGUGACAAUGGGGUGACAAUGGGGUGAGAAUGGAUAAUGGGGUGACAAUGGGGUCACAGUGGGGUCACAAUGGGGUGACAAUGGAUAACAGGGUGACAAUGGCGUGGAAAGGGGGUGACAAUGGGGUGACAAUGGGGUGGCAAUGACAACAGGGUGACAGUGGGGGUGACAAUGGGGUGACAAUUGGGUGAGAAUGGAUAAUGGGGUGACACUGGAUGACAACAGGGUGACAAUUGGGGUGACAAUGGGAUCACAAUGGGGUCACAAUGGGGUGACAAUGGAUAACAGGGUGACAAUGGCGUGGCAAGGGGGUGACAAUGGGGUGACAAUGGGGGGGUACGAUGGGGUGGGAAUGGGGGUAACAGUGGGGUGACAAUGGAUAACAACAGGGUGACAAUGGGCGUAACAAUGGGGCACAAUGGGGUGACAACGGGACAAUGGGAGGACAAUGGGGGACAUGGGGUGACAAUGGAGCCACAAUGGGGUGACAAUGGGCUACAUGGGGGGACAAUGGGGGUGACAAAUGUGUGUGUGUGGGGGGGUGACAAUGACACUAUGGGGUGACAAUGUCACUAUGGGGUGACAAUGAUAUUGACAUGGGGGGGUCACAAUGACACUUGGGGGGUGACAGUGACACUAUGGGGGUGACACAACCCCAGUGACCCCUCCCCCCGCCCCUCCCCCCACCCCGGGUGACACCCACACGGUGACACCAACGGUUCAAUGUCACUUGGGGGGGGGGGGAGGGAGGGGGGAGCCGCCCCUCCCCCACCCCCCCUGCCCCUCCCCCACCCCCCCCACCCCUCCCCCCCCCAACCGGAAGUCAAUAAAUUAAUAAACGUCA